AUGGCUUUUUUAGAUGAGAUUGAAAAGUUCCUGUUGAACGUAUCGAACUCUACAGUUGGUACCGAAUUGAGUGAUAUUCUCAAAAUGGCAAAUGAUUCCGACAACAUUACUUUUGAUUCGGAUGGUCUGGACGAAGGAGUGUCUAAGAUAUGGGGGAAAAUCUUCCUUAUUCUAGCAUACGGUGUGAUUAUUGCUAUAUCUUUAUUUGGGAAUGUUCUUGUGUGUCAUGUGAUAAUUAAAAAUAAACGUAUGCGAACAGUGACAAACUUCUUUAUAGCCAAUCUCGCUAUAGCCGACUUGUUGCUUACUUGCAUUAAUGUACCCUUUAACAUUGCGCGUAAUUUACUGGAUACCUGGCCAUUCGGCAGUGUUAUGUGUCAUUUACUGAAUUUUUCCUUAAUGGUAUCUUCGUAUGUGUCAACCUUUACGCUUCUUGGAAUAGCCCUAGACAGACAGCAGGUUCUCUUGUAUCCUCUCAGUCCCAGAAUGAGCAAACCCAUAGGGCUAUUCGUGCUAGUAAUUAUUUGGAUUUUGGCUGUUGGACUUUCUCUUCCAUACGGACUUUACAAUAAGGUACAAACUGUGGAUUUCUUGUUAAAUAAAGUCAAAAGAUGUACAUCCGCAUUUCCACACCCCAGUGACCAGUGGGAGAAGUAUCUAACGGUUACCACUUUGGUCUUACAGUACAUGAUGCCUCUCACAGUAAUUGCCAUAACAUACGGACGGAUCGUUAGAAAACUGUGGGUACGAACACAUGUUGGAGCGGUUACGGAAAACCAGCAGGUGUCCCAGCAAAAGGCCAAACGUAAAAGCAUAAAGAUGCUUAUAGUUGUUGUUGUUGUAUUCGCAUUAUGCUGGAUGCCAUUAAAUCUUUAUCAAGUUCUUGCAGACUUUAACCCGCACCAUUUCAGUAGCACGUCUUUCUUCAUAUGCCACUGGAUUGCAAUCAGUUCCACCUGCUACAAUCCUUUCGUGUAUUGUUGGCUUAACGAGGCGUUCAGAUCCGAGGUGAAGUCACGUUUCAAAUGCUGUUUGCCAAAGCCAAAGCGCGUCCAUCCUGGAGUUGUAAUUGACGGCAUAUUGUUGCGUUCCGACCGCAGUUACGUUCGUGGACGACCGAAAAGUUCGAACAGUUGCCAGAAGAACUCGAUAAACAAUCGAAAUGGUGCUGUGUAUAAGGUCGGGAACGAUUCAUCUGUGAGGGAACAGUCUGAAGAGUUAGUAUUUUCGGUGGAAAACGGUGAAUGCCAACUGAGCGAAGUGUCCCUCAGCGGCACAACGACAAUCAGCGGCGCUCUCGAGACGGUUCUAGAAUUACCAGAACUAGGAGACAUAACUCUGGAGGAAAGCACGGACCCGUGUGUGUCAGACAACGAAGAAGAACAGACGCAGUCCUCACUGAAUUCACCAGUGCAUGAAAACGACGACAGUGUUACCAUGUGA